AUGCCUCAAGUUGUUUCGAAACAGACCCCGGAGGAACGGCGCAGGGGCGAGCUGGCGCUCAGCGAAUUUACCGACUAUGUAACCAGGGAACAAUUGCGCCGCGCUGAAGCCUCUGCUGCUCCUAGUGACAGCGGAUAUGGCACCACAACUUCUUCUAUUGUGGCUGAAGAACAUGCCGAGCUUGAUAUCCUUGAUCAGCUUGGUCUAAGCGAUGCCCCAAGUCUAGCCAAACUGAAAGAUAUCCUCCUCGGGACGUCCCCAGAUGAGGAGGACAGCCUCCAUACUCUUGCAGGAGUGAUUCAAAGGCGCAUUGAUGAAGGCCAAGGAGAGACGUUGUUCGAGCUGGGCAUUGAAGACAAUGGGGAUACCAUGAACCUUACACGAGCUGAGUGGGAUACUGCGCUCGAACGCCUCCGGGAAGCAGCGAAUACCGUCCCUGCUCACUGCCGCGUGCUUCUGACAUACAAUGUUGACGGACCUGAAGAAGCAAAGACACGAAUCGAGAGAAUGAAAGGAUGCUGCGGCAAGGUCUUGAUCCGCCAGGUUCCGGAUCGGAUCGAGGAGGUCAUUGAGACUAGGAUUGCUGUUGUAGGAAAUGUUGAUGCUGGGAAGAGCACCCUGCUAGGUGUUCUGGUCAAAGGAAGCCUUGAUGAUGGCCGUGGCAAGGCACGUGUCAACCUGUUCCGACACAAGCACGAAAUUGAAACCGGUAGAACCAGCUCUGUCGGCAUGGAAAUUAUGGGAUUUGACGCGGGAGGCGAGAUUGUCAGCAGUGACAAAGGUCGUAAGCUAUCGUGGGAGGAAGUUGGCAAGAAAUCGGCCAAGAUUAUCUCUUUCUCUGAUCUUGCAGGCCACGAGCGGUACUUACGGACCACUGUCUUUGGAAUGUUGAGUAGCAGCCCCAACUACUGCUUACUGAUGGUGGCAGCCAACAACGGUUUAGUUGGUAUGAGCAAGGAACAUUUGGGAAUUGCGCUGGCGCUGAAUGUUCCUGUGAUGGUGGUCAUUACUAAAAUUGACAUUUGUCCUCCCCAGAUUCUCCAGGAGACUAUCACUCAGCUCAAACGGAUCCUUAAAUCGCCGGGCGCGCGAAAAAUCCCCAUCUUCAUCAAGGAUAUGGAUGAGACAGUCAACACAGCCACUCAGUUUGUUAGUCAGCGUAUCUGUCCUAUCUUCCAGGUUUCCAACGUUACCGGCGAGGGUCUCGAUUAUGUCCGCACAUUCCUCAAUAUCCUACCUCAUUAUGGCCACUACAACUCCGAGGCGCCAUUCGAGUUCUUGGUCAACGACCACUUCUCAGUGCCUUUCGUCGGUACCGUGGUCUCUGGUGUUGUGAAAUCGGGGGUUGUGCACGCAGGAGAUACGGUGCAGAUUGGACCCGACUCGCUAGGCCAGUUCAUAACAACGACUAUCAAAUCGAUUGAGCGGAAACGGAUUCCCGUCAAUGCAUGCUCUGCAGGACAGUCUGCUUCGUUUGCUCUGAAGCGCGUACGGCGAAGAGAGGUUCGCAAGGGGAUGGUAGUAAUGGCGAAGAUGGAGACUGCGCCGCCAAAAGUCUAUCGUGAGUUUGUCGCUGAAGUGCUUAUCUUGUCGCAUGCCACCACUAUCCGCCCCAAGUAUCAAGCCAUGCUGCACGUUGGAGCAGUCCGCCAGACAUGCGCGAUAAUCGACAUCGACCGUGCUUACAUCCGGACUGGGGACCGAGCACUGGUGGCAUUCCGCUUCAUUCAGCGCCCAGAGUUCCUGUCCCCAGGCGACAGGAUAUUGUUCCGUGAAGGCCGCACCAAGGGUCUGGGGAUUGUGAAGAGCGUGGGCUAUGACCCUAGUCAUCCCCUGAACCCAGACGCUACUGGUACUACUGCUGACGCUGCUGGCACAAUGGCGUUGAAGCUGUUUAUAAGGUCCAGCACUCUGCGUGGCUACCAACAUCAAUCAAUCAUCCAACUAAAUCUAGUCGUCGAGAAUGCCUCGAAAGCCAUCUGGGGCGAACAGAACAGACAGGAUGGAAACGCCAGUCAGGCCACAGCAAGCAGCAGCCAAAACAAGGGCAUGACUGGCUUUGACCCCGUCGACAAGGUCGUCGAUGCAGGCAAGAAGGCAAUCUGGGGAGAAAGCGUCGAUCAAUCGUCGACAUCGCAUGGGGAGGAGCCGGUGGCUGGGAAGAGAGGACUGGGCACGGCGACAGACCCGUACGAUGCUGGAAAUCGAGAUGAGCAACCCGGUGCUCCGCCCGUCGAAGCCGGGGGUCUCACUGCCACCGAGCAACGAAAUGUUGGAACAACACCACCCUCAAGCUUGAACAAGAACGGCAGCAGCUCUGUCACUGCUGCUGGUGCCACAAACCUGAAGACGACGGCCACCGGUCUGAGGCCUGAUCCUUCAACCGUUUCUUCGUCGGGAGCAUUUGCUGAGGCUGGAUCGGGUCAGUCGUUGAAGCAUACUGUCUCGCCAUUGGAGGAGGAAACUCAAAAUCUGGCCAGGGAUCUGCAAGAUGUCAAAGCCAACGAGACCACAGCUCCAGCACCAGAGACAUCAACAGCAACCCCAGCGGUAGCCGGAGGAACAGCUUCACGCAAUCAGACCGCCACCAAACAUACUAAAAAUGAUAGCCAGUCUUCUUCUGCUUCAGGCGGUUCGUCCAGCAAUAAGCAAGCGGGACAGAAGAGCAAGACUACGACAUUGGAGAAGAUGAAGAACAAGCUCCAUAUCGGGAAUCAUUCUCCAAAGGCCUCCAGAUAA